AUGGUCGCUCCGUGGUCAUCUCGAUGUGCAUGCUGUGUUAAUGUUGAUAUUUCGUUAUUUUCAGAAAUUUUCAUGACUGUUAGAGGAUUUCUCUCUGCUUGGGAGCACCGGGGGUACUAUAAUCCCAGGACUAGUCAAUACACCCUCCUUAUUUCCAUUACUGGCAUACAUUAUUGUUUUUACGGACAAUGUCAUUAUGGGAUGCCAUGUAAGGAAGAGGUGAAUGCUACUGAAAAGGGGAAGAGGCCUCACCCGGUCAUGCUCACACGCCUGCUCGCUUUGGUGGCCCAUGCUUUGGCAGAGGCAGAUAAUAGGCCAGAACCCAAAGACCUAUGGAAAGAGCCAAUAAAUGCUACUUUGUGGAAACCUUGCUCUGACCAAAGGGAUUGGGAAGCAUCAGGCAAUAUCAGUUCAUCAGAGGGAACCAAUGGUUACAUCAUCAUCAGUGCAAAUGGUGGAAUAAACCAGCAAAGGGUAGCGAUCUGCAAUGCCGUUACCAUAUCCCGGUUGCUCAACGCAACUCUUGUCAUUCCAAAGUUCUUGUACAGUAAUGUUUGGCUGGACAAAAGCCAGUUUCGAGAUAUAUAUCAGGAGGAUUAUUUUAUCAAAUAUUUGAAACCUGAUAUUCGGAUUGUGAAGGAGCUUCCUUUGGAGUUGCAAUCGUUAGAUUUGGAGGCAAUUGGUAGCCUUGUUAAUGAUACAGAUGUCAUGAAAGAGGCAAAGCCAAGUAUAUAUGUAAAAAAGAUACUACCAAUUUUACUGAAGAACAGAGUUGUCCACUUUGUAGGAUUUGGCAACCGCUUAUCUUUUGACCCGAUACCUUUUCAACUUCAGAGAUUGCGAUGCAGAUGUAACUUUCAUGCUCUUCGUUUUGUACACAAAAUACAAGAAACUGGUGCAUUACUUGUAGAGAGAUUGCAAGGCCACAUGCCCCAUCUGUCGCCUUUGCAAGAUAAUCUUUUAGGUCAUUUUGCUGGGAAAUCCAUCCCCAGUGGGAACAGGAACGAGUCGUCCAAAUAUCUAGCAGUUCAUCUCAGAUUUGAGAUUGAUAUGGUUGCAUACUCAAUGUGUUACUUUGGUGGUGGGAAAGAUGAGGAAGAGGAAUUAGAGAUGUAUCGUCAAAUUCAUUUUCCUGUUCUGACAGAAAUCAAGAGGACAACAAAGUUGCCCUCUGCUGCUUUCUUGCGAUCUGAAGGCAAAUGCCCCCUUGCACCUGAAGAAGCUGUGCUUAUGCUCGCUGCUAUUGGUUUCAAGCGCAGGACUAGUAUAUAUAUUGCAGGUGCUGAAAUUUAUGGAGGGAGGCAUAGGAUGGCUGCCAUAAGUCGCCUUUAUCCUGCUUUAGUAACUAAAGAAACACUUCUGUCCCCAUCGGAGCUUGAACCAUUCAGAAACUUCUCAUCGCAGUUGGCAGCUCUGGACUUUAUUGCAUGUGCAUCAGCUGAUGCAUUUGCUAUGACUGACCCAGGCAGCCAGUUCUCUUCUCUUGUUCAAGGAUACCGCAUGUACUAUGGUGGUGGGGACCUUCCCACAUUAAGACCAAAUAAGCGUCGCCUAGCCAGCAUACUUGUGAAGAAUGCCACAAUAGAGUGGAAGGAAUUUGAAACAAGAGUAAACAAACUCAUACAGCAAACUAAGCAAGUCCAUGAGAGGCCAAUUGCGAGGAGCAUAUUCAGACAUCCGCGUUGUCCAGAGUCCAGUGGCCCAGAGCUUGUUUUGGCUCUUUGGCUGAUACCUCGACAUGAAGCACCACUGGAAUCAACUUGGAGAUUGGGUGACAAAGCUCUCACUUUAAGCUGA